GAAAGUAUCAACACACUCACAUUCUACAAAGAAUAAGUAGUUCCAACACUAGUUAACAUUAGUUGAUCGAAAGAUAGAGAAGCAUUGAGGUAUCAUGAGAGGCUACAACUUUUUUUUGUACUGUCAAUGGCGAUGAUAUUAGCAGCAGUUGCAGCUGCAGCAACACCAACGGUUUGCAAUGAAAGCUGCGGCAACCUGACUAUUCCCUACCCAUUCGGCACACGGAAAGGCUGUUAUCGAGAUGAAUAUUUCCACAUCAGCUGUAAAGACUCCACACCAUUUCUAAAGGGAGGCAACUUACAAGUCCUUGACAUAUCACUCCACGGUGAGUUUCGAAUCUCCAGCUGGGUAGCAUAUGAUUGCUACAAACAGUUGGUACGAAAUGGCUACGACGACCGUUCGUUGUGGUUGUUCAAUUACUCCAUCUCAUAUAAGAGAAACAAGUUCAUGGCUAUUGGUUGUGACACUUGCGGCUAUCUAAGAGGUUACACAAAACAAAAGUCGAUAACAAAUUGCAUGGCCUACUGUAAUACAAUGGAUGAUGUGAUAGAUGGCUUCUGCUCCGGCGUGGGUUGUUGCGAGACACAGAAUCCCAUGGGAGUUUUGGAUUAUAAUUUGAGCGUGAGAAGCUAUAACAGUCACAAUGGAAUUUUGGAUAUCAAUCCUUGUGGCUUUGCACUUAUCGUUGAAGAAGGUGAGUAUAACUUCUCAAAAGUUCAUCUUUACAAUUUAAGCGACAUUGAGAAGAUGCCAAUGGUGGUUGAUUGGGCAAUUGAAAUUCAGAGAAAGAAUAUGAGAAUAAAAACUCAAUUCAAUAAUUCAUUGAUGAGUAUUACAUUUAAUUUAUAAAAUAAGAUUAGCUAAAAUAGGUAACAAAUUACCUACCAAUUAGCUCUAAAUAAAGGAGUAAAUAAUUCAAUCCUACAGCUGUACUAUAAGAGAUAAAAUCUCAACACUCCCCCUCAAGUUGGUGCAUAGAUGUCACACAUGCCCAAUUUGUCUAAAAUUUUUGAAAACACUUUAUUUGAGACUGCUUUGAUGUGAAUGUCGGCUAGUUGAUCCUCAGAUCGAAUCUUAGGCAACUCCAAGAUUUUCCUAUCUAACUUCUCCUUAAAGAAGAAUCUGUCUGUUUCAACAUGCUUCAUACGAUCAUGUUGAACUAGAUUAUGGGCAAUAUCACAUACUGUUUUAUUGUCACAAUAUAGUCGAAUCGAUUUUCCAGGUAGAUGACCCAAAUCCCGCAAGAAAAGUCUUAACCACAAAGUUUCACAAAGUCUAAGCGUCAUACUUCUGAAUUCAGCUUCUGCACUUGA